AUGGGGGCGACUCGAACAAAUUGGAACACAGCCACAAAGACUGGGAGCAUAUACAAUGAUGGAGUAAUAGUAAAGAGAUGUGGGAAUGAUACGUAUUUAGUGAAAGACGAAAGUGGGAAGAUUAAGAAGAAGACAUAUAAGGAAAUAAAAGGGCUGCCAGAGAUACGGAAGCCAUUGGAAACAUGGAGGCUGAAGGAAGAGGAAGAGAAUAACAACAAGGAUAUCAAAAUGGGGGGGUGUAAAAGAGAAAUAGAAGGAAGACAGAAUGACCUCUGUCUUGCCGGGGGCAUGUUGAGUAUAAAUUAA